AUGGUUGGCGUACCGCGCAGCACAGGCUGUCAGCUGUGUCGUAAGAGACGAGUCAAAUGCGACGAAGCCAAGCCAGGCUGCGGCAACUGCACAAGAUACGGCGCAGAGUGCCCAGGCUAUGAGCGCAGCCUCAAAUUUGUGAGCGAAAAGCACCAUGUCCGCACCAGGAAGAAGAACAGCUCAGGGUCGCCGGGGAGUAGCAGCUCCGCAUGGUCGGUGGCGACGGCCAGUGGCGGCAGCCCGCGCGGACCUAGCCCGACAUCCAUCGUAGUCAUGGAGCCUGUGCCGAACCGGGGCCAGUUUGUGUCGACCUUGGUUGAAACGGCGCGCACGGCGAUUGAGGAGCGCGAUGCCAGCGGCUACUUCAGCUGGGUGCGGUUCGGGACGGUUGGGUCGCAUGCGAUUCUGGACGGGGCGCUGUGCUCGCUCGCGAUGCAUCUUGUCGGCAAGGAUGUGAGCGACAUGAACAUGAUUGCGCACAGUCGGACGAUGUACGGCCAGUCGCUGCACAAUCUGCAGCAAGCGCUGCAUCAUCCUACGAAAUGGAGGGCGUCAGAAACGCUGUGCACAGCGAUAUUGCUCUGCAUCUUCGAGCUCUUUGCGGGGACAAGCUCGUCAGACUCGUGGCUACAGCAUGCCCGAGGCAUUGGUAUAUUGAUGGAGCAGCGUGGUGCAAAGGCGCAUAAAGACGGAUGGGAUGCUGCCAUGCUGCUGUCCUUCCGGGGAGUCUUGAUUAUGAGCGACUUGUUCUUCCCCAGGGCAGACGAAUGUUUCCUCACCCGCCCAGAAUGGCGCUCUGUGAUGCGCGACAGGGGCCGGCAUUUGCUACAAGCACCCGAUUUCAACGAUGAAGCCAUUGAAGCUGUCGAUGAGUUCAACAAUCGACUAGCAGAGAUUCCUGCCGUCGUCAAGGCACCUCUUCCCAGAACCGGUAGAGGCGCCGUCAGCAGACCCCCAGUCUCUGUACCCCGUCAUCUUGAGGAAUUCCUGCAGCAGCUGGGCUGGUCCCAGCCAUUCGCGACAUCGCAAAAGGAAUACGCGCAAAUCAUUCUGCGGUCCGUCGAGGACAUUAGCCAGGGCCCGCUGGGACCGUACAGGAUCGGGUAUGCGAUGCGGAUCGUGUAUGAGCUGGCGGACGCGGAGGCGCAAGAGUGGAUUCGCGGAUGCUUGGAUCGGUUCAAGAGUACAUAUGCGGCGACGGACAAGCAGACGUAUCCCGAAAUGCGGACAGAUAACAAGGGCUAUCGGUAG